AUAAAUAAAUCUGUCAAAAAAUCAAAUUAUACAAAGCCGUCUGCUGCUUCACAACUUUUGAUCAAUUUAAAACUAGUAAUAUUUCGAAAAAGAUUCCUGUUUUCGGAACUAAUAUCCGCUGAAUAUUGCAGAUAACGAUGUCACUUGUGUGUAGUAUAUCCAACGAAGUGCCGGAACACCCGGUCGUUUCACCCAGAUCGGGUGCAAUAUUUGAGAAACGACUAAUCGAGAAGUACAUUGUCGAAAAUGAAUGCGAUCCAAUCAAUGGGGAUCCCCUGAAAGCUGAGGAAUUGAUCGAAAUCAAAACUCCUCCGAUCGUUCGACCUAAACCACCGAGCGCAACCAGUAUUCCGGCGACUUUGAAAAUGAUGCAAGACGAAUGGGAUGCACUGAUGCUACACGCUUACACUCAGCGACAGCAGCUACAAACGGCUCGCCAAGAACUAUCACAUGCCCUGUAUCAACAUGACGCCGCUUGUCGUGUGAUUGCCCGUUUGAACAAAGAAGUGGCUGCCGCUCGUGAAGCUUUGGCUACACUUAAACCACAGACCGGAAUGGCUUCAAUUCAGUCGAAUAUUAUUCCGCAGCCAUCGAUAGCCGCCGAAGCAGGUGGUGUUGCGAUUCAGCCGAUCGAGCAAGCGGGCAUGAGCGUUGAAGUUAUUCAGAAGCUACAAGACAAAGCAACCGUACUUACGCAGGAACGAAAGAAAAAGGGCCGCACAGUUCCAGAAGAAUUGGUUAGCGCCGAAAAGAUUCGAGGUUUCCUAACAUUAGCUUCCCAUCCGGGAUUACACUCAGCUAGUGUUCCCGGUAUACUAGCGCUUGACAUAAACCAUUCCGACCAGAGCAAAAUCCUAACUGGUGGAAACGAUAAAAAUGCAACUGUAUUCAACAAAGACACCGAGCAGAUUGUGGCAAUCCUAAAAGGGCACACCAAGAAAGUAACGAAAGUUAUUUUCCACCCAGAGGACGACACGGUAAUAACCGCGUCUCCUGAUGCGUGUAUUCGUAUUUGGAAUGUGCCAACAUCUCAGACUCAACUGUUACUUCGAUGUCACGAUGGUCCGGUUACAGGUCUUUCACUGCAUCCUACGGGGGAUUACGUACUUUCGACGUCUUCCGACAAGCAUUGGGCUUUCUCAGACAUUCGCACCGGACGCUUGUUAACAAAGGUUCCAGAUACAGCCGACAUCGGCUUGACGACGGCUCAGUUCCAUCCGGAUGGUUUGAUUUUCGGAACCGGAACCGAAGACUCUCAGGUUAAAAUUUGGGAUCUCAAAGAACAAAGCAAUGUAGCAAAUUUCCCUGGUCACACGGGACCUAUAACGGCAAUUUCUUUCUCCGAAAACGGUUACUAUUUGGCAACCGCUGCCGAUGAUGCGUGUAUCAAGCUGUGGGAUUUGAGAAAACUGAAAAAUUUCAAAACUAUCACUUUGGACGAGGGUUACGAAGUUAAAGAUUUGUGCUUUGACCAAAGUGGAACCUAUCUAGCCAUUGCUGGAACGGAUAUAAGAAUAUAUUUGUGCAAACAGUGGCAAGAAUUAAAGGUAUUCAACGAUCACACCGCACUGGCCACCGGAAUACGGUUUGGAAAGCACGCACAGUAUGUUGCUUCCACGAGCAUGGACCGUACGCUCAAGUUAUAUGGAAUGGAAUGAAAUGUUUUUGUAGCAGCAUCUCAAAAAUACGAAAACCAAUAUAACGCUAAGCAGUAAUUACGAAACGAACUCAUAUUGACAGUUUAUCAAACCUUUGCUGGAUUACAUGGCGACUUAUGUAUGGCAUUAUCCACCUACUCUUCAUUUUCAGGACUAUUUCGUGUAUUUUGUUCCAUCCCUUACCGACGAUUUGAACUCAAUAUUGACUACUUAAUAUAAAA